GCUAUAGGUGACUCCGUGCAUUGCGCAUGAGGGCGGGCGGACCGGAUUCGGAGAGGAGCGUGUCAACGAGCAUCUUUAAAAAAAAACAAAGCAUAAAUUUACACAGAGCCCGGAUCUGUUCGGUGAAGAAGGAGUGAAUGAAAUUGGCACGUGUCAGGUAUGUUCUCUGAAGAAUGGGACAGAAAUCACGAGGGUCAACAGAGGCCUGUGAUCACUAAUUUCAGCUUUAGUCAGCUGUCAGAGGGCGACCGAAGGGAGAGGAAAAAAUCUCACACUACUCAUGGCUCAGAGGGAUCUGUUCCUGAUGAUCGCUACCACAGCAUUUACUUCGCCAUGCUGUUGGCUGGUGUCGGCUUUUUACUGCCAUACAACAGCUUCAUUACAGACGUGGACUACCUCCACCGCAAAUUUAAAGGGACUUCUAUUGUGUUCGAUAUGAGUUUGACGUAUAUACUAGUGGCUCUAAGUUCUGUCCUUGUGAACAACAUGCUAGUGGAGAAACUGAGUUUAAACACGCGGAUCUGUGGAGGAUAUCUCUUUGCUUUGGGACCUUUGGUAAUUGUGAGCGUUUUUGACGUUUGGCUGGAGCUGUUUGACACUCAUCAAUCCUACGUUCUCACUCUGGUCGCAGUGGCUGUUGUUGCAUUUGGUUGCACAGUGCAGCAGUCCAGUUUCUAUGGAUACACGGGGAUGCUGCCCAAGAGGUACACACAAGGCGUGAUGACUGGAGAGAGCACUGCAGGAGUUAUUGUCUCUCUGAGUCGGAUUUUUACCAAGCUUCUGGUGGAAGACGAGAAGAGCAACACCAUCAUCUUCUUCCUCUUCUCUGUCUCAGUAGAGGCGCUCUGUUUUCUGUUGCAUGUGGUGGUGCGGCAAACCAGGUUUGUACAAUAUCACACGGAAAGAGCUCGCCACGGCCACACCUGGUUCACAGGACAGAUUCGUGAUAAUCCAGCUUGGAAACACAGCGGCUAUCAGAUACAUUAUGACAGCAGUGCAGAUGAAGAGGAUGGAGUGGCGACAAGCGCAGUCGAUGAUGCUGAUGGAGUUCAUCUAGGAAGCUGUUCCCAUGGAGAUGGCAUAUACGUCAGAUUUGAUGGACCUAAAGCAGACACCAGAAGGACGUGGAUCAAUGUCAAGGAGCUGCUUGGUCGGAGGUGUUCUGUUGCUAGACGGAUUUGGCCUUAUAUGCUUUCAAUAACAAUGACAUAUUUCAUCACGCUGUGCCUCUUUCCUGGUCUGGAGUCAGAGUUACACAACGAUAUACUGGGAGAGUGGCUACCCAUUCUCACCAUGGCUCUGUUUAACAUGGCCGACUUUGUGGGCAAGAUCUUGGCCGCUUGUCCCUAUGAGUGGGGUGGGGUUCAGCUGCUGGUGUGCUCCUGUUUGCGAGUUCUCCUUUUGCCUCUGUUCAUGAUGUGUGUGUCACCCGUUCAACGUCCCCUGCUGACACACCCAGCCUGGCCAUGCUGUCUCUCUUUACUGCUGGGUGUCAGUAACGGAUACCUCGGCUCUGUGCCAAUGAUACAGGCAGCUGGGCAGGUGCCACUUCAACAGCGAGAAAUAGCAGGGAACACAAUGACUGUGUCCUAUAUGGCUGGACUGAUGCUCGGGUCUGUCGUAUCCUAUUCGACGUAUAGUCUGACCUUAAAAGCACACUUUAUUCAGACGCUGAAGCUCAACAACACACUCACACUACAGAGCUACAAGCCUGGUCAUUGAAUAUCAUCUUACUCGUUUUCUACUUAUGUUAGGAGAGAUACUAUCCCUGCUGAAAAGUCCAGUCGACCAUCAUGGUUUUUUAUAUUGGUUGACCGGGAAGGUUCGGCUGGUGAGGCAUGGCGAGAUAAAAUCUGUCUGAUGGACCAAUAUCCAAAACUGUUUCAAUAUCCAAAACACUGACCAGCAAUGCUGAUCGUUUUAACAGGGAUGUUGGAUCAAAUAAAGCCUAUCCAGAUAUUUGUAUAUGACCAUCCGUAUUUAAAAAUUUAGAUAUUUAUAUGUAACGUAUCUGUAUGAUGUGUACAUAAACAUAAACAUAACAUAUAAUUAUGUUUAUGGUUUUUUCAUGCUAGCCAAUCAGAAUGGAGCUGGUAUUUGGUUGAGCUGUGAUGCUUGUGCAGGGGGGGUGGUGGGGUGGUGGUGGCUUGUGUAAUUUCCAGUUCCUCUCUCCAUCAUU